AUGGCCCGCGCCCGGCCCUCCGUGGCGGGCGGCGGCGGUGCGGCGCCCCCUGAGCGUGCGGGGCCCGGGCGGCCGCGGAAGAGCCGGACCGGCUACCACUGCGACCCCGAGCGCCCCGGGCUGCGAGCGGCGCCCCAGACCCCCGGGCCGGGCGCGGGCCGGCGGGCGGCAAAGUUGAGGCCGGGCCGCGGGUGGUGGGCGCUGCUGUUGCUCCAGCUGCACUUGCUGCGGGUGCUGGCGCAAGAUGAUGUUGCACCGUAUUUCAAGACAGAGCCAGGCCUGCCACAGAUCCACCUAGAAGGGAACCGCCUUGUCCUCACCUGCCUGGCUGAAGGGAGCUGGCCUCUGGAAUUCAAGUGGACACACAACGACAGUGAGCUCACCACCUACAGCAACGAAUAUAAGUAUAUCAUCCCCUCUUUACAGAAGCUGGAUGCCGGGUUUUACCGCUGCGUGGUGCGGAACAGGAUGGGAGCUCUCUUGCAGAGGAAAUCAGAAGUACAAGUGGCAUAUAUGGGGAAUUUCAUGGAUACAGACCAGAGGAAAACAGUUUCUCAAGGACAUGCGGCGAUUCUAAACUUAGUGCCCAUCGUCAGCUGCCCCAGACCGCAAGUGACGUGGUUUAGAGAGGGACACAAGAUUAUUCCAAGCGGCAGAAUAGCCAUCACACUGGAGAAUCAGUUGGUGAUCCUCGAUACAAAAGAGAGUGACGCUGGGGCUUACUAUGUGCAGGCUGUGAACGAGAGGAACGGAGAGAACAAGACAAGCCCCUUCAUCCACCUGAGCAUAGCACGAGAUACUGGCACCCAUGAAGCCAUGGCCCCUGUCAUCGUGGUUGCCCCGGGCAACAGAAGUGUGGUAGCAGGGUCCAGUGAGACUACCUUGGAGUGCAUAGCCAAUGCCAGGCCUGUGGAGGAGCUGAGUGUGCACUGGAAGAGAAACGGAGUUCGACUCACAAGUGGACUGCACAGCUAUGGGAGGCGCCUCACCAUCAGCAACCCGACAUCGGCAGACACCGGGCUGUACGUGUGCGAGGCGACACUCCGUGGAAGCGCAUUUGAGCCAGCCAGGGCCAAAGCCUUCCUCUCUAUCAUAGAGCCACCAUAUUUCACUGCUGAGCCAGAGAGUCGGAUUUUAGGUGAAGUGGAAGAAACUGUGGACAUCCCAUGUCGAGCCAUGGGGGUCCCUCUCCCCACCCUCCAGUGGUACAAAGAUGCUGUCCCCCUGAGCAAGCUCCAGAACCCGAGGUACAGAGUGCUCCCCAGCGGAGGCUUGCAUAUUCAGAAACUGAGUCCAGAAGACUCCGGAAUCUUCCAGUGCUUUGCCAAUAAUGAAGGAGGAGAGAUCCAGACCCACACCUACCUGGAUGUGACCAAUAUUGCUCCUGCCUUCACCCAGCGUCCAGUGGACACCAGGGUCACUGACGGGAUGACAGCUGUCCUGAGGUGUGAGGUGUCUGGGGCUCCCAAACCUGCAAUCACAUGGAAGAGAGGGAACCUCAUUCUGGCCAGUGGCUCUGUCCGGAUUCCGAGGUUCAUGCUGCUGGAAUCUGGGGGGCUGCGGAUAGCCCCUGUCUUCAUCCAGGAUGCCGGCAACUACACCUGUUAUGCGGCCAAUACCGAGGCCUCUGUGAACGCAUCGGCCACGCUCACUGUGUGGAAUCGAACGUCCAUCGUUCACCCUCCAGAGGACCGCGUUGUGAUUAAGGGGACGACAGCCACCCUGUGCUGCGGAGCCACCCACGACCCUCGGACCUCUCUCCGCUACGUUUGGAAAAAGGACAACGUGGUCAUCACACCAUCCAGCAGCUCGAGAAUUGUGGUGGAGAAGGACGGGUCCCUUCUCAUUAGCCAGACGUGGUCAGGGGACAUUGGGGACUACACCUGUGAGAUUGUGUCUGAGGGCGGGAAUGACUCCCGCACAGCACGGCUGGAAGUGAUUGAGCUGCCUCACCCACCUCAAAACCUCAUGGCCAGCUUGAGUCCUGAGCGCAGCCACUCAGUGACGCUGUCGUGGGUCCGGCCCUUUGAUGGAAACAGCCCAGUCCUUUACUACAUUGUGCAACUGUCUGAAAACAACUCUCCAUGGAAGGUACAUCUGUCAAAUGUUGGCCCAGAGAUGACAGGCGUCACUGUGAGUGGCUUGACUCCAGCCCGAACCUAUCAGUUCAGGGUGUGCGCUGUGAAUCAAGUGGGCAAGGGGCAGUACAGCACAGAGACCAGCAGGUUGAUGUUACCGGAAGAACCACCAAGUGCUCCCCCAAAAAACAUUGUAGCCAGUGGGAGAACCAACCAGUCCAUCAUGGUGCAGUGGCAGCCACCACCUGAGACAGAGCACAAUGGGGUGCUCCGGGGCUACAUCCUCAGGUACCGCCUGGCUGGCCUGCCCGGGGAACACCAGCAGAGGAACAUCAGCAGCCCAGAGGUAAACUACUGCCUGGUCACUGACCUCAUCAUCUGGACCCAGUACGAGAUCCAAGUGGCUGCCUACAAUGGCGCAGGCCUGGGUGUCUUCAGCAGGGCGGUGACCGAGUACACCUUACAAGGAGUGCCUACAGCACCACCACAGAACGUGCAGGCAGAAGCUGUGAAUUCCACCACCGUGCACUUCCUGUGGAACCCGCCGCCCCAGCAGUUCAUCAACGGCAUCAACCAGGGAUACAAGCUUCUGGCAUGGCCAGCAGAUGCCCCCGAGAUUGUCACUGUCGUCACUAUUGCGCCCGACUUCCAUGGAAUUCACCAUGGGUACAUAACAAACUUGAAGAAGUUCACAGCCUACUUCACAUCGGUCCUGUGCUUUACCACCCCAGGGGAUGGGCCUCCAAGCUCGCCUCAGCUUGUGUGGACCCACGAGGACAAACCGGGAGCUGUGGGGCACCUGAGUUUCACGGAGAUUCUGGACACCUCUCUCAAGGUCAGCUGGCAGGAGCCCCUGGAGAGAAAUGGCAUCAUUAUGGGCUAUCAGAUCUCCUGGGAGGUGUAUGGGAAGAAUGACUCUCGGCUCACACACACCCUCAACAGCACAACCCACGAGUACAAGAUCCAAGGACUGUCAUCUCUCACCACCUACACCAUCGAUGUGGCUGCUGUGACCGCCGCAGGUGUGGGCCUGACCACAUCGUCCACCAUCUCUUCGGGAGUACCCCCAGACCUUCCUGGGGCUCCAUCCAACCUGGUGAUUUCCAACAUCAGCCCUCGCUCAGCCACACUUCAGUUCCGACCCGGCUAUGACGGGAAGACAGCCAUCUGCAAGUGGAUCGUGGAGGGGCAGGUCGGGGCCAUCGGUGAUGAGGAGGAGUGGGUCACCCUCUAUGAGGAAGAGAACGAGCCUGACGCCCAGACGCUGGAAAUUCCAAACCUCACGCCCUACACACACUACAGGUUUCGAAUGAGGCAAGUGAACAUCGUGGGUCCCAGCCCCUUCAGCCAGUCAUCCCGGGUCAUCCAGACCCUGCAGGCCCCACCUGAUGUGGCUCCGACCAGCAUCACUGUCCGAACAGCCAGUGAGACCAGCCUGCGGCUACGUUGGGUGCCGCUGCCUGAUUCCCAGUACAAUGGGAAUCCCGAGUCUGUGGGCUACAGGGUGAAGUACUGGCGUUCAGACCAACCAUCCUCAGCGCUGGCCCAAGUUGUCAAUGACCGGCUGGAGAGGGAGCUGACCAUCGAGGAGCUGGAGGAGUGGACAGAGUACGAACUGCGGAUGCAGGCCUUCAACGCCAUUGGGGCUGGACCCUGGAGUGAGCUGGUGCGCGGUCGCACACGGGAGUCAGUCCCUUCAGCAGCUCCUGAAAAUGUGUCUGCUGAGGCUGUGAGCUCCACCCAGAUCCUGCUGACGUGGGCUUCAGUCCCUGAGCAGGACCAGAAUGGGCUCAUCCUGGGCUACAAGAUUCUGUACCGUGCCAAAGACCUGGAUCCAGAGCCCAGAAGCCACGUGGUUCGAGGGAACCAUACACAGUCUGCCCUGCUAGCUGGCCUGCGCAAGUUUGUGGUGUAUGAGCUCCAGGUGCUGGCGUUCACACGUAUCGGGAACGGGGUCCCUAGCUCGCCCCUCGUCCUGGAGCGUACCAAAGAUGACACCCCAGGUCCCCCCGUGCGGCUGGUGUUCCCUGAAGUGAGGCUAACUGCGGUGCGGAUCGUGUGGCAGCCCCCGGAGGAGCCCAAUGGUGUGAUUCUGGGGUACCAGAUUGCCUACCGCCUGGCCAGCGGCAGUCCUCACACCUUCACCACUGUGGAGGUGGGUGCCACAGUGCGGCAGUUCACAGCCACAGAGCUGGCCCCAGAAUCUGCAUACAUCUUCAGAUUGUCUGCUAAGACGAGACAGGGCUGGGGCGAGCCCCUGGAGGCCACAGUCAUCACCACUGAGAAGAGAGAGAGGCCAGCACCCCCCAGAGAGCUCCUGGUACCCCAGGCUGAAGUGACAGCCCGCAGCCUCCGGCUCCAGUGGGUCCCUGGCAGUGACGGGGCCUCCCCCAUCCGGUACUUCACGGUGCAGGUGCGAGACCUGCCUGGUGGAGAGUGGCAAACCUACUCCUCAUCCAUCAGCCACGAGGCCACAGCCUGUGCCGUCGAAAGGCUGAGGCCUUUCACCUCCUACAAGCUACGCCUGAAGGCCACCAAUGACAUCGGGGACAGUGACUUCAGUGCAGAAACAGAGGCCGUGACCACCCUGCAAGACGUUCCAGGAGAGCCUCCAGGGUCUGUCUCAGCCACACCACACACCACUUCCUCAGUCCUGAUCCAGUGGCAGCCUCCCCGGGAUGAGAGCCUGAAUGGCCUUCUGCAGGGCUACAGGAUCUACUACCGCGAGCUGGAGUCUGAGACUGGCAUGGGCCCCGAGGCCAAGACACUCAAGAGUCCCUCUGCCUUACGUGCUGAACUCACAGCCCAAAGCAGCUUCAAGACUGUGAACAGUAGCUCCACGUUAACGACGUAUGAAUUAACACAUCUGAAGAAGUACCGACGCUAUGAAGUCAUCAUGACCGCCUAUAACAUCAUCGGCGAGAGCCCGGCCAGUGUACCCGUGGAGGUCUUCGUCGGUGAGGCUGCCCCAGCGAUGGCCCCACAGAACGUCCAGGUGACACCCCUCACGGCCAGCCAGCUAGAGGUCACAUGGGACCCACCACCCCCAGAGAGCCAGAAUGGGAACAUCCAGGGCUACAAGAUUUACUACUGGGAGGCAGACAGCCGCAACGAGACUGAGAAAAUGAAGGUCCUCUUCCUCCCUGAGCCCGUGGUGAAAAUCAAGAAUCUCACCAGCCACACCAAGUACCUGGUCAGCAUCUCCGCCUUCAAUGCUGCGGGUGAUGGGCCCAAGAGUGACCCACGUCAGGGACGCACACAUCAAGCCGCUCCCGGGCCCCCCAGCUUCUUGGCCUUCUCAGAAAUAACCUCCACCACACUCAACGUGUCCUGGGGGGAGCCAUCGGCAGCCAACGGCAUCCUACAGGGCUAUCGAGUGGUGUAUGAGCCCUUAGCACCCGUACAAGGUGUGAGCAAGGUGGUGACUGUGGACGUGAAAGGGAACUGGCAGCGCUGGCUGAAGGUGCGGGACCUCACCAAGGGAGUGACCUACUUCUUCCGAGUCCAGGCACGGACCAUCGCCUACGGGCCAGAGCUCCAGGCCAAUGUGACUGCGGGGCCAGCCGAGGGGUCCCCAGGCUCUCCACGAAAUGUCCUCGUCACCAAAUCUGCCUCUGAGCUGACCCUGCAGUGGACAGAGGGACAUGCUGGGAACACUCCCACUACAGGCUAUGUCAUAGAGGCCAGGCCAUCAGAUGAAGGCUUAUGGGACAUGUUUGCAAAGGAUAUUCCCCGGAGUGCUACAUCAUACACCGUGGGCCUGGACAAACUACGGCAAGGGGUGACCUACGAGUUCCGGGUAGUGGCUGUGAACAAGGCAGGCUUUGGGGAACCCAGCCGCCCUUCCACAGCGGUGUCAGCACAAGCUGAAGUCCCCUUCUAUGAGGAAUGGUGGUUCCUGCUAGUAAUGGCGCUCUCCAGCCUCCUCCUCGUCCUCCUGGUGGUCUUUGCACUGGUCCUGCAUGGGCAAAGCAAGAAGUAUAAGAACUGUGGCACAGGUAAGGGCAUCUCCAACAUGGAAGAGUCAGUGACCCUGGAUAACGGAGGGUUUGCCGCCUUGGAGCUCAAUAGCCGUCACCUCAACGUCAAAAGCACCUUCUCAAAAAAGAAUGGAACCAGAUCCCCACCCCGACCAAGCCCUGGAGGCCUGCACUACUCCGAUGAGGACCUCUGCAACAAGUACAAUGGCGCUGUGCUGACCGAGAGUGUGAACCUCAAGGAGAAGUCGGUGGACGGGUCAGAAUCCGAGGCCUCCGACUCAGACUACGAGGAAGCCCUGCCCAAGCACUCCUUCGUCAACCACUACAUGAGCGACCCCACCUACUACAACUCCUGGAAGCGGCGUCCCCCUGCCGCAGCACCGCACAGAUACGAGGCGGUGGCAGGGGCCGAGUCGGGCCCGCACCUGCACACGGUCAUCACCACACAGAGCGCGGGCGGAGUCUACACACCAGCUGGCCCCGGAGCCCGGGCCCCCCUCACUGGCUUCUCCUCCUUCGUGUGACGUCACGCCUCCAUCAGGGUAGACGGGUGCAGAACUUCUGGAGUCUAUUUUUGUUAAGACAAUCAACUCCGAUAACUGAGCUGAAAUUUUUUGUUCCACAAAAAAAUAAUAAUAAUUCUGAUAAGCGAUCUUACCUACUGGUGAAAACUAGGUUUCACUUAGGAAGGUUUUUUUUAAUGGCUUUUUGUAACAUCGCUGCAGGAAGCAGGUUUCUUUGUUUUCUUUUCUUUUUAAGAGAAGGUAUCUCCCUGGUGCACUAGCUCGGCACCGCCGGUGGGGGCGCUCUCGACACACCCCAACCCUGGGCUUCUCAGGCCUCCAAACCAUCGGGGAGGCUAGGGCUGGCAGGAGGGUGGAGGGGGACAGGUAAAUCGCAUCCGCGGCCCACUUCUCUCUCUACCUCCUUUUGGAGAACCAGCCAGCCUGGAUCACUUUCUCCAUCUUAGGACGACUUGAGGCUCCUUGCUCUCGCCUGUGCUUCAGACAGUUGAUCUCCCCCCGCGGGUUCUGUCCGGUUCUCACCAGGGGCCACGCGAUGCCUCUGCGCAAGGGGCCGCGGAGGGCUCAGCUCUGCAGUCCCUCUUUCGGGUGGCGCGACCCUGGGGCUUUUCCCUCGCUCUUCCUCUGUUCUCUCAAGCUGACAGUUACAAGAACAGGAAGUCCCUCCCCAACUGGCUCUGGAGGCCACCCAGGCCCAUCCACGGCCAGCCAGGUCCUUCUGGUGACCACAGCACACAGCACACAGCCCACCCCCGCUGAGCAAAGAGAGGGGCGCAGACGCGUGUUUUUGCAGUUGCUUGUAGCAGGUGUGCAUUGUUGAACCAGAGUAUUUUUUAAAUCUUUUUAUCUUUUUUUAAACUAUGUCACAUGAAAUGAAUGCGUCUUUGCUGUCUCCAGGUGCCUUUUAAUUCAUUGUUCAGCUUUGUACGUGGGAAAGACGAGAAGCGACCGUGUCUCCAAAUAAAACAAUGGGCUCUGAGAAAACAACCCGGGCCACGAGUCACCUAGCACACCCCACACCGGCGCACAGUGGGGACAGCCCUUCCCUCCCCCCCCCAUGUCCCGCUUCUGACCCCCCCCUCCCCGUGCUGCUUCCUCCACCCUGCCGUCCAAGGCCAGCGUUUUAGCCUUAACAGGUUUUCUGAAAACAUUUUUCUUUAAUUUUCACUAUUUCAAUGUUUUUGGCUAAAUGCAAAGAGUAGCAGCUAAGUGGCACUCAGACCCCAUGAGCGUCCUGCCGCCCCUAGCCCAGGCUUGGGAUCUGGAUGUGACCAGCUGGCUCUGGCCAUGGUGUGGCCCAGAGCUGGGGUGGCUCCGUGAAACCACAUCCUGGAGCACUCAGAGCCAGUGAGAAAGGUCUGUCCUCCCAGUGACCUUGGCACCCUGUGGAGGGGACUGGCUGUUUAAUGUCACCAGUAGGGGACUUUGUAGCCCUUUACCUUCCCUGAGAGGCAGAGGACUUGGAUCUUGUCUUGACUCGGAUGCCUAGGAAGUUACUGGUAUGGCCCCAGGACACCAGAAGUUCUUUCUGCUUGGGAGAAAAAAAAAAAAAUUAAAGGCCUUUCAGUUUUUCCAAAACCCACAAUAAAAAAAUUCCAGCCCUCCUCUUCCCUUCUCCUCUUCGUUCCUUCUUUCCCUCUCCCUCCCCUUUUCCUUCCUUCCCCCCUUCUUUUUUUGUUUUUGUUUUUUGUUUUUUUGUUUUUUGUUUUUUUUCGAGACAGGGUUUCUCUGUAGCUUUGGAGCCUAUUCUGGAACUCGCUCUGUAGACCAGGCUGGCUUCGAACUCACAGAGAUCCGCCUGCCUCUGCCUCCCGAGUGCUGGGAUUAAAGGGGUGCGCCGCCGCCCAGUUUCCCCGUUCUUCCCUCCCUCCCUCUUUCUCACACUCCAGCUUUUCACCCUCCCUCCUUUACUUCCUCUCUCCCCUCCCUCCGUCCUCUCCCCUCCUCUUCUCUCCUUCCCUCCUCCUGUUGCUCACUUCCCCCCCCUCUCCCCCCUCCUCCUGUUGCUCACUUCCCCCCCUCUCUCCCUCCCUCCUCCUGUUGCUCACUUUCCCCCCUCUCUCUCCCUCCCUCCUCCUGUUGCUCACUUUCCCCCUCUCUCCCUCCUCCUCCUGUUGCUCACUUUCCCCCCUCUCUCCCUCCUCCUGUUGCUCACUUCCCCCCCCUCUCUCCCCCCUCCUCCCUUCUUCACCCUCCCCAUCUCCCUUCAUUUUCUGAGCUGAAGGGAAAAUAUUCUAAACCAAAAAUCCUAAAUGCUCUGCCCAAAGCCACUUUUGUGUGGGGACUGCCACCCUCGUGGUCCACAGGAGGGGGAGGGACCACAUCAGUGGACAGCACCACCUCCUCCCUGGCCCCAAAGGAGUGAAUGGACAGAAGACCGCAUGUCACCACCUGACCUUCCUGGAAGGCAGCACCCAACAGAGGACAGGGACCAGGCUGGCUCCGCACUGUGCUUUGCUCCCUUAAGCCAUAGGACUUGCUUGCUUUAACCAAUGGGGAAGGCUUGGGGUGGUCUGGUCUGAGGUGAGACUGCCGCAGCUGGGUUUCCUCACAGUGACUCGGCAGUUCACAGCACUCUGUGAUCAGUAACUCGUUUUCUAUGGAAAGGUCUUUUCAGGAUGCCCGGCCCCUGUGACUGCUGAUCAACAGCUGUGAUCAAGUCCAUCACUUAGAGCAGCGGUUCUCCACCUGAGGGUUCUGACCCCUCUGGGGGUCAAACGGCCCUUUCACCAGAUGUCCUGCAUAUCAGAUAUUUAUAUUACAUUCAUAACAGUAGCAAAACUGCAGUUAUGAAACAACAAUGAAAAUGAUUUUAUGGUUGCGGGUCACCACAACAUGAGGAACUGUAUUCAAGGGUCACAGCAUUAGGAGGGUUGAGAACCACUGACUUAGGGGACUCUGUCCCGUUCAAAUGCCCUGCACCAAAUGCAGGGGUUGGGGUUUUUAGUUAGAUUUCAGCCUCCCAGAGCCGCGGGGCAUUAUGUCCUUCCUAAGCUCUCACUGUAGGAAAGGGAUGGACACAUCACAGCUGCAAAACGGACAUUGGAUCCAAGUCUGGGUUCUGAGAAAAGACCCAAACAGGCAGGAUACAGAUGCCCUCUGGCUUCUGUCAUUUGAAAAAGUCACCUCCAGGGGUGUCUAAUGAUGAGUGGCAGCCAAGUCUACCCACUGCAGCCUCAGUGACUCUGUGGAGACCGCUCAGCCCAUGCAGCCUUUCCUCCCGGUGUGUCUGCUGAGCCUUGUGGGUGGCUUUGCAGGGCACAGACAUCCAGAGAGGAUGUCGGCAUCUGGGCUAACAUCUCCCAACCUUCUGCUGGCCUUCCUCAGCAUCUCCCUGACUCCAGCGGGAAAAUUUGUGGUGGUGUGGGGGGAGUGUCCCCCUGGAUCCCUGGGAGAAGGCGGAACCACAGCCCAUGUGGAUGAUGUGUGUUCUGGAAAGUUCUUUGGAUGUGGUGUUUGAACUUGGUCUGGAUCAUCCUGAGCACAGUGUGUUUGCAUAGAGGUUCUUAGCAUGGAUUUUCUUUAUUCCAAGAUUCCUGGCUCACGGCAUGGCUGCUCACCUGCUGAGCCCCCAGUCCACAGACUAACAGCAAGGGACCCUUCUGAGAGGCCAGGACAGUGUGGGCUUCCCAGCAGGGAACUCCCUGCCUCACUGGCUAGCUUAGGAGAAUCCCGAAGCUUUCCCUAUGAAACCUUCUGAAAUGGCACAGAAAACCAGAUCCCAUUAAAGAUAAAAUGAACCCUCCCCCUCAACUUAUAGGAAGACAGAGCGGUGCUAUGAGUACAAUUUUUAAUAAAAAAAUAUUUUGUUCCUUAA